AUUUAUUCAUUGUUGCAAACUAUUUUUUAUUUUUAUAAACUUUUAAAAGAAAUCAUGAUUUUAAAAUUAUUGUCGUUAAAUGGGAUGAUUUUUUUGAUACUCACAGUUCUCACUGAAAAGUGCAAUGCUCAAAAUCUGGCUCUCAGAAAGGAGACGAUAUGUAGUUCAGUUUUCGAUAACCUUUCUUUACCAUCUAACUUGGUGGAUGGUGACUCAAAUCCUAACUAUUCCAGUGGGCAUUGUUAUCAUGGGAGCGAUGGUCCUGGUGGUCCCAAUUGGGCAGUUGUGGAUCUCGUGGAUUCCUAUUAUGUGGAUUAUGUGAAUCUUUUUUCGAGAGACUAUUGUUGCCCCGAACGCAUGGAUUAUUUCGUGAUCGGACUGGAUUCGAAAAAUUAUAAUGGUUUGGACGUUGUAAGAGGUACUUAUCCUCUCUGUGGUCAAUACAAGUACAAGGCAGUUGGUGGUGGAAAGCACACAUUGAAGUGCAAUGCCCACCUCACAUCAGCCCAUCGUUACGUCAUUGCUCAACAGCCUGUUUACGGACCUGGAGCGUUUUCCAUCUGCGAACUGGAAGUUUUUGCUGCUAAUUAUCUCAAUUCUAAAAUUUGGAAACGUUUUUUCAACCGGCGUUUAUCUGGAUAUGUUUCAGGUAGGUUAGUUGUUAAUGGAAGAAUAAAAUGUUUACUGACAUGCAUUCCAGGAUCAUGUGAUUCCGUUAAUUUUCAAGUAGAUGGGUCAGUUUGUGAGCUGAACAGGCAUUUGAAUGGCUACCUACUAAGUAGCUUAAACUUAAGUUCAGGGUGGAGUUUCUACGAAGUUCAAUAUGCUUAGCAGUUCAAAUUCUACAAGUAUGAACAACUCUUGUAAUCAAUUGUGACACUUAAUUCAAGUUUGAUAAAAGUUUGAAACAAUGCUUGCAACAUUUAAAAACAUAAAAAAAUAGCUCUCAAAAGAUAACUCUAUAUAUUCUUUAUUUGCAUUAACUCAAUAUGUAAAAAAUUAAUAAUUAUCUUAUAUGUGAUGAUUUUUAAUUAAUAUGAAACACGACUUUAGGCGGCCGAAGGCUAUUUUAAAGCGUAACGAUGUUUAUUAAAAUUUUGUGUGAUAAUUUAAAGAUUUUUUUUGUGAAUC